AUGGCUGUCUAUUACGUAGCGGUACUUCUUCUCCUCGUCCUUCUCUCUAUAUCCUCUCCAUAUGUCAACGGAAACUCGAUACUAGAAACCAAGUGUUCCUCCAUGGUAAAAAACAUGUCGACAUGUUUGUCUUUUGUGACGAUCGGGAGUCGAGUGGAUAAACCAGACGCCUUGUGCUGCUCAGGUCUUAAGACAGUGCUCGAUACGAAACCUGAAUGUCUGUGCGCAGCCUUGAAGAAGAGUGCCUCCAAGGGUAUUAAAGUGAACAUCCCUAAAGCCGCUACUCUUUUCGCCCUUUGCAAACCUGAAGGUUCUCCUCCGACGACGGUGACAUGUGAGAUUUUUUCUUCAUCAUCUCUCUGA